CAUAAAUGACAUUUAAAAUAACCUCUAUCUAUGCAGUUUGCUAUGCAGUGUACAUCAUCGUUUUGUUGUUUUGUAAAUUGUAUGAUUGUCUUAAAUAAUAAUUAUAUUUAUCCCAUAUAAUACAUUACGAAUAUGGCUGAAAUUUAUAAGCUUAUUCAUCCAGUGAAAUAUUUUAAUGAUUAUAUCAAUCGAAAUGUUCGACCAGAUGGUAGAAAAUUCGAAGAUCAACGCAACAUCAAACUCAAUGUUAACGCUAUUAAAUCUGCCGAUGCCUCAGCUGUUGUGAAAUGUGGGAAUACUACUGUCGUUUGCGGUAUAAAAUUGGAAUUAGCAAAACCUAAAGCAGAGGAACCAGACCUUGGAUUUUUAGUAACAAAUGUAGAACUUUUACCACUAUGUUCCUCUAAGUUCCGCCCAGGACCACCUUCAGACCAUGCUCAAGUUGUUAGCAAUAUAGUUGCUGAUAUAUUUACAAAUUCAAAAUCAGUUGAUUUAAAAGAUUUGUGUAUCAUGCCUGAUAAGUUAGCCUGGGUAGUUUAUUGUGAUAUGGUCUGCUUAGACAAUGAUGGAAGUGUAGUAGAUGCUUGUAUAAUGACCUUAAUAACAAGUUUGAAAUCAUUGACAUUGCCAAAAGUAAUUUAUGAUGUUGAAACUGAAGAAAUUUCAGUAGAUACUAAUAAUAGAACUCCUUUAAACAUCAAUGGACUGCCCGUCGCUACAAGUUUUGCUGUUUAUCAACAGUCACCAAGGAGUAUAGUUUUAAGUGAUCCAUCAGCGUAUGAAGAAGAAAUGUGUGGUGGUACAGGAGCAAAUUUAAUAGUUUGUUCAAAUAAAGGACAGUUCUGUGGGAUCCAAAAAUUUGGCGGCAGUAAUUUAUCAACCGAAGCUGAGAAGAAAACUUUAUUAAUAGCAAAAGAAAGAAGUAAACUUGUUGAAAAAGUUAUUUUAACAUGCUUAAAAAAUGAAAAAUAAAUAAUAUUCAUAUAUAUAAA